AUGGCGUUUCUAUUCAUCGCACUGGUCGUAAUAGCUUUGAUUCAAUCCCUGGAUUCUGCACCAAUACGGGAAAACAUUAGCUUGACAUCAGGAACAGCAGAGACAAUACAGUCUUUGAAUUAUCCAUCUAACUACGCUAAUUAUCUGGAUUACACUUGGAACAUCAGUGCCCCUGAUGAUCACUCAAUUACCGUCACAUUUAGAGACUUUGAACUGGAAGAUGAUUACGACUUCCUCUCGUUGGAGUACAAUCCUUCGGUGAGUACUGGUGAUGGCAUCCUCCUGGCAAACUUGACUGGGUCCACGUAUCCUACUAACCUGACGUCUCCUGUUAACAACCUCUGGAUUCGGUUCACCUCGGACUACACCAACAAUGCAACAGGAUUCUCGCUCGAAAUCAGGGCCAUCCCCCAAACUGGCGCAACUUCGACGGAAGGUACCACAGUGCCCUUGCAGACAUCACUAGACACGGCCCAGUCAACAAGUGCUUCUGAGGUAACAGAACUUACUGAGUCCACAUCACACAAUACUCCUUCCGGCUCCGCCUCUACGUACGUUUCUAAGGACUCGGUUCAUUUGACAACGAUGGAAACAACUAUCACACCAACACAGACAACUGAUAACGAAGACACAACUAUCACACCAACACAGACAACGGAUGACGAAAACACAACUAUCACACCAACACAGACAACGGGUGGCGAAGACACAACUAUCACACCAACACGGACAAUGGAUGACGAAGAAACAACUAUAACACCAACACAGACAACGGAUGAAAAAGACACAACUAUCACACCAACACAUACAACGGAUGACGAAGAAACAACUAUCACACUAACACAGACAACGGAUGACGAAGACACAACUAUCACACCAACGCAGACGACGGAUGAUGAAGACACAACUAUCACACUAACACAAACAACGGAUGACGAAGAAACAACUAUCACACCAACACAGACAACAGAUGAUGAAGACACAACUAUCACACUAACACAAACAACGGAUAACGAAGAAGCAACUAUCACACCAACACAGACAACGGAUGACGAAGACACAACUAGUACAUCAACACAGACAACGGAUGACGAAGACACAACUAUAACACCAACACAGACAACGGAUGGCGAAGACACAACUAUCACACCACCACAGACAACGGAUGACGUAGACACAACUAUCGCACCAACACAGACAACGGAUGACGAAGACACAACUAUCACACCAACACAGACAACGGGUGACGAAGACACAACUAUCACACCAACACGGACAACGGAUGACGAAGAAACAACUAUAACACCAACACAGACAACAGAUGACGAAGACACAACUAAACAGCCGACACGGUCAACUCAAGUAACCACUGCUUCAUCGCCAACAGAGUCCAAUGCUUUAAAAAACACAACCCAACUGACAACAAUGGAAACAACUUUCCUGCCAACAUUGACAACCGAUGACCGAGACACAACCGAAAAGUCGACACUGUCAACUCCAGAAACCACUUCUGUAACAUCACUACAGUCCGAUGGUUCUUUGAACUUAGGGCAUUUGACAACGAGGGACACAAUACAGACGAUGAGUGAGGAAGACGCAACUGAACAGUCGACACAGUCAACUCCAGAAAGCACUACCGCAACAUCACCAGUGUCCGAUGUUUCGGUGAGCUCAGCUUAUCUUAUAACGUCAGACACAACUUUCAUACCAACACAGUCUUUGAAUGAUGAAGUUACAAUUGACAAGUCGACACUGCCAACUCAAGAAACCCCUUCUGCGACAUCACCUGAGACCGAUGUUUCAUUAAACUUAGUGUCUUCAAUAACGGAAGAAAGUACAUCCGUCCUACCGACAUCUGAUGGGCAUAAUGACCCUAUUGAAGAGGCGACCCUCUUGAAUUCAAUUGUAAGUACGACAGCAUCAGAGUCAACCGUUUCUAUGAGCUCGAGCUUUUCCACAACAAUCAAAAGCACAUCUCUUCACACAACGCCGACGUCAGACAUCCUAACGCAGGGAUUUCAUGAGCAUUUCAGUGAAGACUCAUCAUCAUUCUCAAGUGUUACUACGACGUCAGAUGAGCCAACCGUUUCAAUGAGCUCGGGUUUCUCUACAACAAUCGAAAUCACAACUAUGGAAAUGCCAACGUCGGGUAUCCCAACGGAAGUAUCCACGGAAGAGUCAACCCCACCUAUAUCAAGUUUUUCUACGACAUCAUUUGAGUCAAAGGUAUCGUUAAACACUGUUUCUUCGACAAACAUGGGAAGCGCAUCCAUCCUAUCGGAUACAUCUGACAUUAGCCAAGAGACCUCAGUGUUUAUGACCGCUUUAGAUGAGUCCACACCAGCCAUUACCUCAAAAUCUUUUACAACGAUGCAAAGUACAUUUGACUCAACGGAGACAUUCUAUGUAGAUGCCACUGAAGGUAUUGCCCAAUCAAUGUCUGAUGUUGCCACAACUCCAUCUGAGUCAACAGUAUCGUUAGGCACCGCUUCUUUGACCUACUCAAAAACUACAUCCAUCCCAUCGGAGACAUCUAAUUCCCACACUACUCAGGGCAUGAAACAGACAACGUCAUAUGGUGCUACAACAUUUUCCGAAUCAUCAGAAUCGUUAGACGCAGCUUUUUCGACAACAAUAGCAGCUACGUCCACCCCAUCGCAGACAAAUAACGCCCACACCGAGCAAGAUGUGACAGAUUCAGUCACUGCUUCAUCUUCGGAAUCGAAUGCUUCACUGAACUCUGCUUCUGGGACUACUAUGGAUAGCACACUAAUCUCAACAAUGGUUUCAGAUGUCCACACCACUGAGUCUGAAUCUCUCGUACCCAUCACAACUGAUCCAUCGGAAAUCAAUAUUUACCUUGCAUUCGGAUAUUCUCAGACGGUUCAGUCUCCAAAUUAUCCAUCCAACUACGAUAGCGAUCAAGAUUGUUCCUGGUAUAUAUUUGCCCCACUGGUCCACAAAAUAAACGUUGAAUUCGAGGAGUUUAACCUGGAAACAAGCUAUGACUUUCUUGGGUUUGAGUAUGAAUCCACCACUGGUUUUAGUAGCCGCACCUUACUAGCUAAUCUUACCGGAACAUCUUACCCGUCUACCCUUGUUUCUCCUGUCAACAACUUGUGGAUUCACUUCACCACGGACCAUACCAUUACAAGAACGGGAUUUUCAAUUAUUGUUACUGCUGUUGCCACAGCCGGUGUGCCGACCUCAAAUGUUCCUACAUCAUCAUCAUUUAACUCAGAUUCUGCAACAACAGUUAAAAGCACGCCACUCGCUGAGGAGACCUCAGAUAUUUCUACAACGGCUAAAGAUACACUCAGUUCUGAACAGUCAAUCCCAUCGACGCCAGGUGAUGCCACAACUCCAUCUGUCUCAACAGUAUCGCUUUACUCUGCUUCUUUUGCAAACAUGAAAGGCACAACCAUUCCAUCGCAGACAUCUGAUAUUCGCACCACUCAUAAGCUGACGCAGUCAACAUCAGAUGUGGCUACAACAUCUGAUGAAUCAGCUGUUACCAUUACCUCAACUUCUUUCACAACAGCUUCAACAUCGAGUAGUGCUACAUCUUCAGAGUCAAAUGCUUCACUUAAUUCGACUUCCUCGACAACAUCAGAAAGCAUCUCAAUCUCAAAAAUGGUAUCAGAUGUCCAAACCACUGAGUCUGAAUCUGACCUACCCACCACAACUGAUCAAUCUGAUAAUGUUAUUUAUCUUACAUCUGGAAAUUCUACGAUAAUUCAGUCUCCAAAUUAUCCAUCCAACUACGAUAAUGAUCUCGACCUCUCCGGGUAUAUCAUCGCCCCAAUGGACCAUACCAUAAACGUGGAAUUCGAAUAUUUCAGUCUUGAAACAAACUAUGACUUUCUUGGGUUUGAGUAUGAAUCCACCACUGGUUUUAGUAGCCGCACCUUACUAGCUAAUCUUACCGGAACAUCUUACCCGUCUACCCUUGUUUCUCCUGUCAACAACUUGUGGAUUCACUUCACCACGGACCAUACCAUUACAAGAACGGGAUUUUCAAUUAUUGUUACUGCUGUUGCCACAGCCGGUGUGCCGACCUCAAAUGUUCCUACAUCAUCAUCAUUUAACUCAGAUUCUGCAACAACAGUUAAAAGCACGCCACUCGCUGAGGAGACCUCAGAUAUUUCUACAACGGCUAAAGAUACACUCAGUUCUGAACAGUCAAUCCCAUCGACGCCAGGUGAUGCCACAACUCCAUCUGUCUCAACAGUAUCGCUUUACUCUGCUUCUUUUGCAAACAUGAAAGGCACAACCAUUCCAUCGCAGACAUCUGAUAUUCGCACCACUCAUAAGCUGACGCAGUCAACAUCAGAUGUGGCUACAACAUCUGAUGAAUCAGCUGUUACCAUUACCUCAACUUCUUUCACAACAGCUUCAACAUCGAGUAGUGCUACAUCUUCAGAGUCAAAUGCUUCACUUAAUUCGACUUCCUCGACAACAUCAGAAAGCAUCUCAAUCUCAAAAAUGGUAUCAGAUGUCCAAACCACUGAGUCUGAAUCUGACCUACCCACCACAACUGAUCAAUCUGAUAAUGUUAUUUAUCUUACAUCGGGAAAUUCUACGAUAAUUCAGUCUCCAAAUUAUCCAUCCAACUACGAUAAUGAUCUCGACCUCUCCGGGUAUAUCAUCGCCCCAAUGGACCAUACCAUAAACGUGGAAUUCGAAUAUUUCAGUCUUGAAACAAACUAUGACUUUCUUGGGUUUGAGUAUGAAUCCACCACUGGUUUUAGUAGCCGCACCUUACUAGCUAAUCUUACCGGAACAUCUUACCCGUCUACCCUUGUUUCUCCUGUCAACAACUUGUGGAUUCACUUCACCACGGACCAUACCAUUACAAGAACGGGAUUUUCAAUUAUUGUUACUGCUGUUGCCACAGCCGGUGUGCCGACCUCAAAUGUUCCUACAUCAUCAUCAUUUAACUCAGAUUCUGCAACAACAGUUAAAAGCUCGCCACUCGCUGAGGAGACCUCAGAUAUUUCUACAACGGCUAAAGAUACACUCAGUUCUGAACAGUCAAUCCCAUCGACGCCAGGUGAUGCCACAACUCCAUCUGUCUCAACAGUAUCGCUUUACUCUGCUUCUUUUGCAAACAUGAAAGGCACAACCAUUCCAUCGCAGACAUCUGAUAUUCGCACCACUCAUAAGCUGACGCAGUCAACAUCAGAUGUGGCUACAACAUCUGAUGAAUCAGCUGUUACCAUUACCUCAACUUCUUUCACAACAGCUUCAACAUCGAGUAGUGCUACAUCUUCAGAGUCAAAUGCUUCACUUAAUUCGACUUCCUCGACAACAUCAGAAAGCAUCUCAAUCUCAAAAAUGGUAUCAGAUGUCCAAACCACUGAGUCUGAAUCUGACCUACCCACCACAACUGAUCAAUCUGAUAAUGUUAUUUAUCUUACAUCGGGAAAUUCUACGAUAAUUCAGUCUCCAAAUUAUCCAUCCAACUACGAUAAUGAUCUCGACCUCUCCGGGUAUAUCAUCGCCCCAAUGGACCAUACCAUAAACGUGGAAUUCGAAUAUUUCAGUCUUGAAACAAACUAUGACUUUCUUGGGUUUGAGUAUGAAUCCACCACUGGUUUUAGUAGCCGCACCUUACUAGCUAAUCUUACCGGAACAUCUUACCCGUCUACCCUUGUUUCUCCUGUCAACAACUUGUGGAUUCACUUCACCACGGACCAUACCAUUACAAGAACGGGAUUUUCAAUUAUUGUUACUGCUGUUGCCACAGCCGGUGUGCCGACCUCAAAUGUUCCUACAUCAUCAUCAUUUAACUCAGAUUCUGCAACAACAGUUAAAAGCACGCCACUCGCUGAGGAGACCUCAGAUAUUUCUACAACGGCUAAAGAUACACUCAGUUCUGAACAGUCAAUCCCAUCGACGCCAGGUGAUGCCACAACUCCAUCUGUCUCAACAGUAUCGCUUUACUCUGCUUCUUUUGCAAACAUGAAAGGCACAACCAUUCCAUCGCAGACAUCUGAUAUUCGCACCACUCAUAAGCUGACGCAGUCAACAUCAGAUGUGGCUACAACAUCUGAUGAAUCAGCUGUUACCAUUACCUCAACUUCUUUCACAACAGCUUCAACAUCGAGUAGUGCUACAUCUUCAGAGUCAAAUGCUUCACUUAAUUCGACUUCCUCGACAACAUCAGAAAGCAUCUCAAUCUCAAAAAUGGUAUCAGAUGUCCAAACCACUGAGUCUGAAUCUGACCUACCCACCACAACUGAUCAAUCUGAUAAUGUUAUUUAUCUUACAUCGGGAAAUUCUACGAUAAUUCAGUCUCCAAAUUAUCCAUCCAACUACGAUAAUGAUCUCGACCUCUCCGGGUAUAUCAUCGCCCCAAUGGACCAUACCAUAAACGUGGAAUUCGAAUAUUUCAGUCUUGAAACAAACUAUGACUUUCUUGUGUUAGAGUAUGAAUCCACUCCUGGUUUUAGUAGCCGCACCUUACUAGCUAAUCUUACCGGAACAUCUUACCCGUCUACACUUGUAUCUCCUGUCAACAACUUAUGGAUUCACUUCACCACGGACCGUAGCGUUACAAGAACGGGAUUUUCAAUUAUUGUUACUGCUGUUGCCACAACCGGUGUGCCGACCUCAAAUGUUCCUACAUCAUCAUCAUUGAACUCGGAUUCUGCAACAACAGAGGAGGCCUCAGAUAUGUCUACAACGGCUAAAGAUACACUCAGUUCUGAACAGUCAAUCCCAUCGACGCCAGAUGAUGCCACAACUCUAUCUGUCUCAACAGUAUCGUUACAUUCUGCUGCUUUUGCAAACUUGGAAAGCACAUCCAUCCCCCGCCAGACGCAGUCAACAUCAGAUGUUGCUACAACGUCUGAUGAAUCGGAUGUUACCAUUACCUCAACUUCUUUCACAACAAUGGAACAUACACCCGACACAACGCAAAACUUUGAUUUUGUAGUCAGCGAAGAGACGACACAGACAACGCCAGAUGUUGCCACUACAUCAUCACAGUCAUCCGUGUCGGUGAACUCAGGCUUUCUGACAAUAACGAAAAGCAUAUCCAUCCCAUCACAUACAUCCGAUGGGUACAGUACUGAAGAUUCGACACGGGUAACAUCAGAUGUUGCUACCACAUCAAUGCUGUUGAAAACAGAUUCUUCAACAACAAUGCAAAACACACCAUUCGCUACCCAGACCUCAGAUAUUCCAACGACGACAAAAGAAUUACUGAUUACUGAAGAGUCGACCCAGUCUGCAUCAGACAUUUUGGAUAUUGAUACAACCUUAGUAUCUGAACCAUCAUAUUUUGUAACGUCAGCUUUUUCGACAACGGUGACAAGGACACCCUUCCCACUACAGACGUCCAACGUACAUACUACUGGAGAGUUGAUCGAGUCAACCUCAAAUGUUGCGACCACACAAUCUGAACCGAUUGUGCCAGUGAGCUCAGAGUUCCCUGCCAUUGAAAUCUCAUCCACCUCAUCGCAAAGAUCUGUUGUGCCGACUACUGAAGACUCGAUCGAGUCAACCUCGAAUGUUGCUACCACACGAUCCGAGACAACAUUGUCAGUUAGCUCGGGAUCUACUACUCAAAGCACAUCUACAUCGUUGCAGGCAUCCGAUGCUGGAUCUACAUCAUCGUCGUACAAACAAGAUUCUUCAACAACAAUGCAAAGUACACCGCUCGAUAAUCAGACCUCAGAUAUUCCAUCAGAAACAUCAGAUGUACACACGACUGAAGAGUCGAUCGAGUCAACGUCGAAUGUUGCUACCACACGAUCUGAGACAACAUUGUCAGUAAGCUCGGGAUCUACUACUCAAAGCACAUCUACACCAUCGCAGGCAUCCGAUAUACAAACACCUGGAGAAACGACCCUGUUGACUUCCACUGUUGCUACCACACAAUCCGAGUCAACCGUAUCGUUGAACACCAUGUUGAGCCGAUCUUUCCCUUUACAGACGUCAGAUUUGCCAACGGAGACAACCACCUCAGACACUACAGAAGUACCGACCCAAACAACCGCAACGGUUGGUACCACAUCAUCAACGUUGAACACAGCUUCUUCGACACAAUACGAUAUUACGUCAUCUAUGACUCCAUCUUUCACCAGGAGCAGGGAUUUGAUGUUUAAAAUUAAGUACGCAUACCAAUCCGUGAUCGAGGCAUACAGCAUAUCAGUGCACUACAACAUCAAGACGGCCGUAAAAUGUGGAAUAAAAUGUUUAGCCAAUCCAAUGUGCGACUCUUUUGCUUUUAACCGGGAGAUGAACAAGUGCCUCCUCAGCAGGCAUGCCGCCAUCGUCGGGCACCUGAAUGCAAAUAUGAAUUCAUCCAUUUAUGUCGCAGACAUGAAGUAAUAUAUACGACGAUUAAUGUUUUUGCUUUGGUAAGGGAUCUCAAUCGCGAGUGAUAGGUUAUCUUUUAUGGUUUUCCUCUUGAAGUGGAGUAGCAUAGGUUCAAACAUUGAGAUGGCACUGACACCAUGGGAUGGUCUAAUUUAAAUAGAUUAAGCACAAUAUACAAGGCCAUUAUCUAGGGGGCAACAGGGGAUCGUGGCGACCUCCUUUACACUUCCUUUCCCCUAUUCAUUUUCCUUAUUUUUUCCUUUUUUGAAACUUUGUUUGCCAUUUGAUGGAGAAGCACCCCCAGGGCCCCCUUGUACCCUAGUUACGCCGCAGCCUUCAUGUACAAUGAUGAUGACAGGCUAAA